AUGAAAGAACCAAACUAUAUAAAUAUAAGAUCAAGUAAUAAAGACUUUCUAUGUUGUUUGAACCAUGAUCGGAUGGUGCAUAACCUCCGAGGUAAAAGAUUCAUACACGAGGUUGAUAUAGAAGGAUUAAAAAGAUGUUCAAUGACAGAGUUUGGAUUUGUAAACUCUGCUCUACGUAAAAAGAUAUGGCCAUUGUUAUUAGAUAUUGAUUCAGAUCAUAUUAUUAAUCAUCAUAAUGCAAUUGUUGAACAUAAAGAUACAGAUCAAGUAGCAAAAGAUGUAGAAAGAUCAAUGUGGAGAUUUACAAAGGGAAAGUCAAAGUUGAGAGAUCAGAAAAGAGCAGAGUUGACACGUAUCAUCAAUGCAAUCCUUUCAUUACAUCCACAACUUCAUUAUUUUCAAGGUUAUCAUGAAAUUGGUAGUAUAUUGCUGUUGGUAACCAAUGAGACACUAUCAUUUGCAAUGUUGGAGCGUCUCAGUUUAUAUCAUAUCAAUGAUAAUAUGUUACCAUCAUUCUCUGAAGUAUCUAAAUUACUUAGUUUAGUAUUCCCACUUUUAUCUUUACUUGAUAAUCAAACAUAUCAAUUUUUAAACGAUUCACAAGUUCAAUCAAUGUUUACAAUUAGUUGGAUAUUAACAUGGUUUGCACACAACUUUGACGAACUUGAAAAUAUUGCAAGAUUAUAUGAUUACUUUUUAUCUUCUCAUCCAUUAUCUCCUUUAUAUUUUUCUGUUGUUUUGAUUAAUCAUUUUAAAUCAAAUCUACUUGUAUUGGAAUGUUCAUAUGAUGUUGUACAUAGUUUUUUUUCAACAUUACCAGAGGAUUUACCACUUGAUAAAUUAAUCAAACAAACACAACAAUUACUUGAAAAGGUUCCUCCAAAGAAAUUACAAGAGAAAUCUAAAAUAUCAUUAUUACCAGAAUCACCAAUGUGUACAUAUCCUUAUCAAUGGAUGAAAGCAAUGACAUUAAAAAGUAAUGGAGGAGAAAAGAAACCAUUCAAUGUCUACAAAUUUUCAUUUUAUGAAAUGGAAAAUACCAAUAAUACAUCUAAAACAAUAGAAGAGGAUUAUUACAAGAAACAAAUAGAGUUGAUUGAAAUUACACAAGGUGCAUAUAGAUCACGUUGUUUACAUUUGGUUACUAAACUCAAUCUAUCGGCUUUGUUGGCAGAUGAGAAACCUCAUUCUGUUGAUGAAUUGGCUAAAAAGUUGAGAGUGGAUGCUACGACAUUACACAAAAUAAUGCGUGCUCUCUCUACCAUUGGAGUAUUCAAACAUCAUGACCAAGUGGAUGGGGUGUCAUCUAGAAUCUUCUCUCAAUCAGAUUUAUCAAGAAUGUUAAACAAUUCUUUUACAAGAGAUGCCAUUCUCUACAAGAGUGGUGAUUGUUUGUACAAUGGUUGUAGUGAUAUUGGAGAAACUCUCAAAACGGGUAAAGCAAGUGUAGGGAGUGGAAAGGGAUAUUCAACUAUAUGGGAAUACUUUUGGGACAAUCCAUCGGAAUUAUCUCUCUUUGAAAAGGGAAUGACUGGUUUAACAACUCCAUUAAUACCCUAUUUCCUUGGAAUGGCUGAUUUUUCAAAAUUCCAAAUUGUCGUAGAUUUAGGUGGAUCUCAAGGAAUAUUGAUUCAAGAAAUAUUAAAAGAAAAUAAAAAUAUUAAAAAAGGAAUUAAUUUUGAUGUAUUGGAAACGAUUGAAAACAAUAAAAAGUUGGAUAGAACAAAUGUGGAUUCAAGAUUUAGUGAAGUGGUUGGAUCAUUUUUUGAACAAGUUCCAGUCGCAGAUUGUUAUACAAUGAGUAAAAUCAUUCAUGAUUGGGAUGUCAUCAAGUCGAAACAAAUUUUAGAAACCAUCGGUCGAUCAAUCAAACCAAAUGGCAAGGUAUACAUAUUUGACUUGAUUCUUGAAAAAGAUAGAGACUUUUAUACUUAUAGAACUUGGAUAGAUAUUGACUUGUGGCAUAGUUGUAAUGGUAGACAACGUACAGAAAAAGAAUAUCAAGAUUUGUCUUCAUCUGCUGAUUGA